GGCUUGCUUAGGGGCAUUCCAAAUUUGAAACCGGCCAACAUUUUAUACACCUGAUGGUGUUUUUGACGCUCGUUUCUGGGCGAUGUAUAAGUUUUGAAAAAAAAAAGAAAAAAUCAAUUGAAUAAUGACACACUAUAACAUUGGGUAGGCGUAUUGUAUUUUUUCAUUUUUCUGAAGGUACUACAACAUCGCCUGAAUAUUGAAUAUGCGUUCAGAGUUUUGGGCAAUUAUCUGCUAUAGCUUAGGAUUAAUGACCAAAAAAUCAAUUUUUAAGCGUUUUGAAAAAGUUGAGUAGUACUGUAAGCGGAUCCUUUGACCGAUUUAGCCCGAAUCCGAAGGCAGCCUGCGCGCAAGAAUUUCUAAUGCUUCUGCCAAAUUUGAAGUCGAUCGGCUAUUUUUUUGGGGCCAGAAGAAUGCUUAUAACAGACAUUAUACAGACGGAGAGACGGACAGACGGACAUGCUUAAAUCGAUUCAGAAUUUGAUGCGGAUCAAGGGUCUCUAACUCUUCCUUCUAGGCAUUGCAAACGUUUUAAGAAAAUGAAUAUACCCUCGAUUCUUCAUUGAUGGGUAUCAAGACAACUAAAACAAGUAUAUCUGUAUACUGUUCUGCGUGGUUAUUUUCUAAUGAUGCUGCUGAAGUGCAAUUAACUGCUACUUGUUUGUUUUGUUAAUUUUCUCGUAAAUAUCACCGGGCAUUAUGAGCCCUAGAGAGGUAAUUAACUAACUCCCUUGUCUAUAUCUUGCAUGUGUAUGAUGUGUUUUGAUGUAACAUUAAAUCUUAUCACAAAGCACGUUAUCUUUUCUUUAAACCAAGAUGCUGAAUAUUUAUUGACAAGUGAUAAAAAAAAGGCGAAAAAAAAAAACGGGUUUAGAACUCAUUUCAAAUUUUCAUUCCAAACGGCACACUCGAAUGCAUAGAAUUCUCGUAUAGAAUGAAGAAGGGUACUCGUUUAGAACCGCCAGACGGUGGAUGGGGCAUUUUGGUGUGCGUUGGCAUGGCAAUGCCAUUUGUGAGCGGUUUAGCCGCUUUACCCUCAUUUGGUUUGGUGUUUGGCGACUUUUUGAAAAGCAUCGGAGCUGAAACGAGCGCAAUUGCCUUCAUAACCAGUGCCUUCUUUUGCGCCUUCAGUUUUGCUGGCCUCUUCUCGGGCUCAUUAUUUAAUCGGUUCGGUGUACGUGCAAUCGGUUUAACUGGUGGAAUUUUAUACUUUACUGGUUGUCUAAUGCAAAUAUUUGUCAGAUCCACUUUGGAUCUACUAAUUGCUUUCAGCUUAAUUCAAGGCAUCGGCUUCGGGUUAAUUGUACCAACGUCAUAUACAACAUUUAAUAAUUAUUUUGUAAAGAAACGUGUUAUGUGGAUGAGUUUUGCUCAAUCUCUAAUCGGUUUGGGUACUAUGUUCUAUCCAGUGCUAAUGCAGAAAUUUCUGGAAUGGUAUGGUUUUCGUGGUUGUUUAGCUGUAUUGGCUGCUAUUAAUUUCCAUGCAGUGCUAGGCAUGUUAUUAAUGCAACCUGUUGAAUGGCAUAUGCGCCGGCUUCCCAUUAACGAUCAAGAGAUGUUCGAGAAUGCGAAACCACCGCAGCCCGUGAUAACGGAUAAUACGCAGGAGGAUCCCAAUCUUUUAUCGCCGUUAACAUACAGUCGCAAGAGUUCGCAAAAAUUAUCCCGAGAAAAUUUGCGAAAACUUUCCAGCCGUAGUUCCAGUAUUGCUAGUUUGGGUAAUUGGUCGGGACCGGUAAUUGUUAGUGAUGCCUCACCGCAAAUGGUAAAUGUCUUGGGUUCGAGAAGGCAUUCAACUGCCAUUUCGAAUAAAUCAAUGCCUACCAGUAAUAAUGAAGUGAGUGACGAUAAGCGAAGCGUAUGGCAAAUUAUCGUCGAUUUUCUGGAUCUAACACUAAUGAAGAAACCGAUCUAUGUGAAUAUCGUUUUGGGCAUAUCGUUUGCUCUAUAUUCGGAUAUUGCCUUUUUUACUUUGCAGCCCUUAUAUAUGUUCCAUUUAGGUUACGAUAAGCCUGAUACUGCCAGUAUCAUAGCAAUAGGUGCGGCCGCUGAUUUGGGUUCGCGUGUAUUUUUAGCAUUCCUAGCAAUGUUUAUACAAAUGCCUUCAAGGUACAUUUACCUGGCGGGCGCUUUCUUCACCGUAAUCUCACGUUUCGUUUUCUUAACCGUUUUCGACUUUAAAAACAUGGCUAUAAUAACCGCUGUAAUGGGAUUUCUAAGGACCUGGAUUCAUGUACCGCUUCCUUUGGUAUUUGCUGAAUAUUUACCAAAGGACAGGUUUGCGACCGGUUACGGUUUAUUCAUGUUCUUACAAGGUAACAUUAUGUUCGUUAUCGGUCCAGCAGUCGGUUAUUUACGCGAUAUGACCCAAGACUAUGUGCUAACAUUUCAUUGCCUCAACUUUUUUAUGGCCUUAUGCGCGAUUCCUUGGAUUCUUGAAAUUAUUUUUGUAAAAUUCCGCCGACGUACCAAAAUCGGUGCUAUUAGUGAAUCGAAAUGA